AUGAAUCCCCUCCGCGGCGCUGCUCGCGCAGCAUCUCGGAGCCUGAGAGCUUCCGGGCUCGUCCAGCACCAUGAUGCUGCUUCUCCGAUCGCGACGCGGAAGCACAGGCUGCCGCUCAACGGGUCGAUUCACCAAGCGCCAUGGAGGUCAAUUCAGACGAACCCACCUCGCAGGGGGGCUCAAUCGGCCGCUGUGAGAGAAGAGGAUGAUGGGUCGUCAGGCCCAAGAAUACAGCAGGACUCGUCGUCCAACCCGGCCAUGUCCUUCCCUUGCCUGGACGCUCAGGACGCAAAGUCCGCGUCUUUGUCCGCCCGAUCCCUCAAUUCGGGGCCCGAACCCUCCUACAACACGGGCCACCAUAAACUCUUCCACUGCGACGAGCCCUUGCUCCUCGACUGGGGCGGGAUCCUGCCGGAAUUCGAUAUCGCAUACGAGACAUGGGGCGAGCUGAAUGCAGACAAGAGCAACGCCAUCCUCCUUCACACCGGGCUCUCUGCCUCGAGUCAUGCCCGCAGCACCCCGGAGAACCCGAAGAAGGGCUGGUGGGAGAAGUUUAUCGGCCCCGGGGCACCGUUGAAUACGGACAAAUACUUUGUCAUCUGUACGAACGUGAUCGGGGGAUGCUACGGGAGCACGGGGCCGUCGUCCAUUGACCCGUCCGAUGGCAAGCGAUAUGCGACCCGAUUUCCCAUUCUGACGUUGGAGGACAUGGUGCGGGCGCAAUUCAGGCUGUUGGACUCGCUAGGCAUCCGUAAGCUGUACGCCUCUGUUGGCUCCAGCAUGGGCGGGAUGCAGAGUCUGGCAGCGGGCGUGCUGUUUCCCGAGCGGAUCGGGAAGAUAGUCAGCAUCAGCGGGUGUGCCCGUAGCCAUCCGUACAGCAUUGCGAUGCGGCACACGCAGCGGCAGGUCCUGAUGAUGGAUCCCAAAUGGGCGCGCGGGUUCUACUACGACUCGGUGCCGCCGCACACGGGGAUGAAGCUCGCCCGGGAGAUCGCAACCGUGACCUACCGGAGCGGACCCGAGUGGGAGAAGCGGUUUGGCCGGAAACGGGCGGACCCCAGCAAGCAGCCGGCGCUCUGCCCGGACUUUCUCAUCGAGACGUAUCUGGACCACGCGGGGGAGAAGUUCUGCCUCGAGUACGACCCCAACAGCCUGCUGUACGUGUCCAAGGCGAUGGAUCUGUUCGACCUGGGCCACUCGCACCAGGUCGCGACUCGCAAGAGGAGGGAAGAGAACGCGAAGCGAAUAGCCAAGAAUGGAUGGAAAGUCCAAGCCGGCGAUCCGUCAUGCAGCCUGACGCUUCCCGACAAACCGUACGAGGAGCAGCUGUCCGCCGCUGCGCCGAUGAACGAACCCGUCGCUGACAACGGCGACUCCUCGUCGACGUCGACAGGGCCGCCACAGGACCUAGUCGCCGGCCUCGCUCCGCUAAAGAACCACCCCGUCCUCGUCCUCGGUGUCGCGAGCGACAUCCUCUUCCCUGCAUGGCAGCAGCGCGAGAUCGCCGACGCGCUCCGUGCGGCGGGCAACAAGCAGGUCGAGCAUGCCGAGUUGGGGGAGGAUGUAUCGCUGUUCGGCCAUGACACUUUCCUGCUGGAUUUGGAGAAUAUUGGUGGGAGAGUGGGGAAGUUCUUGGGAUAG